GGAUUUCUAGCUGUUGUGCAGCAGAUUACGAGACUUUCCAACCAUGGCGCAUGACCCUACUGCAGUUCCUGCCCUAACUUAUUUAAACAAACAACCCAAAGAUAGGCUAUCCAAGGUCCGCCUCAAUUUCUCGGCUAUAUGUGACGUCAGGCUGGAGGUAAGGGGCCCACAGAGAACCCCUCACUUUCUGGUAGGGAGUUAGAGGAGGAGGCCGCCUCCUCUCCACCCCCUUCCUUUCCCACAGUCAACAGGAAAACUGGAACCAACAGAGAGAAAAGCCAAAUGUACGUACUGUCCUGUGGGGGAGGAAGGACGAACAAGUCCAGCUUUACGGGACAAAGAAAGUCGGGGUCAAGAAGAAGGAAUGCACAAGAAUCAGAGGGAAGUGAAGAAAAUCCAGUCCGCUUAUCUCCAGAAUUUAGAGAAACUAAACGAGGGGAUAAAGCCUGACAAAAAAAGCCGGAAACCGAAGGAGGGAGACUUUUCAAAGCAAACUGCGAUGGAGAAGCAGCGCCCGAUGACCAUCACGGGACAAGUAUCCAAAUCCUCCGCGCAGAGGCUGAGCAGAGACCUGACGUGCUCAAUAUGCCUGGAUCUUUUCAAACAGCCCGUCUCCCUGCCCUGUGACCACACCUUCUGCCACGCUUGCAUCGCUGGUUACUGGGCCGGUCCCCGUGGCUCAGGGCAAGGAGGAACAGGCUCCUGCCCCCAGUGCAGGAAGGUUUACCCCGGGCAAAGCUACAGGCCAAAUCGCAUCGUCGCCAACAUAGUGGAGAGCUACUGCCAGGGGCUGGAGGAGAGCGGGUCUGGAGGGAGACUAGGAGAAGUAGGGGUCACGGAAGGAGCUUCUGCCCCAGCCCCACGCUGCAGCAGGCAUAGAGAGGAGCUGAAGCUUUACUGCGAGGAGGACCAGGAACUGGUGUGUCUGGUGUGUGGCCUCUCCCAGGACCACAGGAAUCACAACAUGGUGUGUGUUCAGGAGGCUGAGAAGAAAUACAGAGUUUCUUUGAACAGUUCUAUGGACUCUCUGAAGGCAGAGCUGAACACAGCCCUGCAAUGUGACAGAGAGGCUGAGGAGGAGGUGAAGAAGCUCAAGGAACACACUGCUGACCUGAAGCAACGCAUAGAGGCCCAGUUCAGCGAUCUUCACCAGUUCCUGUACCAGGAAGAGAAGCUGCUGCAGGUGAAGCUGAAGACCGAAGAGCGGAGGGAGUUGAUACGCCUGGAUGAGCACAAGGCCUUGCUCUGUGUGGAAAUCUCCCGUCUGCAGAGAGCUGUCAAUGAGAUAGAGGACAAGUUGAAGGAGGAAGACCCUUUCACUCUGCUACGGAGUAUCAAAUCUCUACUCCAGAGGCCAUCGCUGAAGUUUGAGAAACCGACGCUCACGCCGCCCAGCCUGUGCGAGGGUCGCUUUGCGGGGCCCUUGCAGUACAGGGUGUGGAAAUCACUGAAGGGAAGCAUCUAUCCAGUUCCAGCAGCCAUUACCUUUAACUCCAGCACAGCUAACCCUUGGCUUAGCCUCACCUCCUCCCUCACGUGUGUCCGCUACCAGACCUUCAACCACACUGUUCAGGACAACCCCCACAGGUUCAACGCUGCCCUGUCACUGCUGGGCAGUCAGGGAUUCACCCACGGACGCCACUAUUGGGAGAUUGAAGUCUACAGCAGCACAGUAUGGACUGUGGGGGUUGCUCGUGAGUCAGUGUCCAGAAAGGGGGUAAUCAAAGCCUUGCCGGCCAAUGGCUUCUGGACCCUCUCCCUCUCCUAUGGAGUUCAGUACAUGGCGGGCACCUCUCCCCCCACCGUCCUAUCCCUGGAGGAGUCUUUGGCCAGGAUUGGCGUAUACCUGGACUACAAGAGAGGACUGGUGUCUUUUUACAAUGCAGAGAGUAUGACACACCUCUACACCUUUCGGGAAACGUUCACAGAAACACUUUUUCCUUAUUUUAAUUUGGGCUUCCUGGAUAAAGUACAUGAGAAUGAGCCUCUCAAAGUUUUCUUGCCAAAAAUUUGACGAGUUUUGUAAUGACAGUUGUUAAAAAAAAAGUUUGAAAUUGUUUAAAUUGGGCAUCAAGCUCUAUGCUAGCAGUCUAUUCCAUUCCCUACCAACAUGGGGACCGCUGGUUCGAAUCCUCGUGUUACCUCCAGCUUGGUCGGGCUUCCCUACAAACACAAUUGGCCAUGUCUAUGAGUGGGAAGCCGGAUCGCAAGCCGGAUGUGGGUAUGUGUCCUGGUCACUGGACUAGCACCUCCUCUGGUCGGUCAGGGCGCCUGUUCAGGGGGGAAGGAGAACUGGGGCGAAUAGCGUGAUCCUCCCACGUGCUACGCCCCCCUGGUGAAACUCCUCACUGUCAGGUGAAAAGAAGCGGCUGGAGACUCCACAUGUAUCGGAGGAGGCAUGUGGUAGUCUGCAGCCUCCCCGGAUCAGGAGAGGGGGGUGGAGCAGUGACUGGGGUGGCUCAGAAGAGUGGGGUAAUUGGACGGAUACAACUGGGGAGAAAAAGCAGGGAAUUUUUUUUUGUUGUUUAAAUUGCUUAAAAGUCAUCAAACAAGCAGUAGAUUUUCAAUUCGCCUGGAAACUCAAAAAAAAAAAGAAACAAGAUUUUCUGAAUAUCUAGGUUAAAGUAAAACGGGAUUUGAAGUUGUGCAGCUAGUCAGAAUACAACCUGACAAACGGGAAAACGUGUUUCUCUCUGAAAAGCUUUUUGAACCACAUAAAGUUUGUCAACUGGAUCUGUUGCCACACCUUAGCCAUACAUGAAUGAAGUAUACAAAGCUGUCUGGUUAGCUGUUUAACUUGUUAGCUGUUGGGAAUAAAAACCGAUAUUAACGAUAACAAAUCUAUUACUGGCACAUUCCUAUCUUCAUAAAUAACUCACCUUAUACAUACAUCUUUUAUGAAAAAUAAAAUCUAAAAAAAAAACAAAAA